CUAUACUACUAUUAUUAGUAUUAGUAUUUACACUUAUGGCUGACCAAACUCAAUCCUCCAACGUCAAAAAACAACUUAAUCAACCACCUUCACUUCCUCAAUUUCCACCGUUAUCCGUUUCCAUUCCUCCUGACGUCUCGAACCCACCACCACCACCCCCGAUUGUGGGGCCAUCAAUAACAACAAUGUCCCCAUCUUCGCUUGCCGGAUCCCCCACGGGUAAACACCCGUUAUACAGGGGGAUCCGUCCGCGAGGAGGAAAAUGGGUAUCAGAAAUCCGAGAACCCAGGAAAACAACCCGAAUAUGGUUAGGAACAUACCCAAAAGCUGAAAUGGCAGCGGCAGCUUAUGAUGUUGCUGCCCUUGCUCUUAAGGGUAACGAAGCCAUCUUGAACUUUCCAGAAGAUGUGCUUCGUUACCCAGUUCCGGGUUCUGCUUCUCCAGCAGAUAUCCGGAAAGCGGCCGCAACAGCAGCAACAAUGAAACAAGACAAGAUAGAAGAAAAUAAAUUGGAAGUUGAUAAAGUAGAAAAAGAAGGGUCUGAAGAGGAAUUUAUAGAUAUUGAAGCAUUAUUUGAUAUGCCAAAUUUGUUAGUAGAUAUGGCGGGUGGCAUGAUGGUUAGUCCACCAAGAAUGGGUAAUAGUGAUGAUCGAGACUUGGCUGAAUAUAAUGAAACUGUGAGCUUGUGGAAUUAUGAUUGAUUAUUUUAAUGUAAGUUAUGGUGACUGCUCAGGCUUUGCUGCCAUUUUUGACUAUUUACUGAAAUUUAUACUCAUAUAAUAUACAUGUUGACUCGGUCACUCGUCGUAAUUGACAUAAAAUAACCAAGUUUUUUUAAAAUUUAUUUUAAUUUUUUGUACCUUUGUUUUUGGGGGUAUCUUCUGGUUUCUGGGUUUUUUUUUUUUUUUUUUUUUUCCAUUUAAAUUGGGGUUUUUUCUCCCAUUUGUACUGAUGCUGGGUGCAAGUAGAUGUCCCUAGUAAUAGCUACUAUAUAGUGUUAUUAUAGUAGUACUAGUAUAAUAUUUUUUUUACUUACACCCAAAUAUCUUCUUUUCUUUACAGUCUUAUGCCUUUGUCUAAUUAUUAUAUUUGAAAUUAUA